GAACUGAACCGCAUCAAGAUGCGCCUUCCCAAGCUGAAAUUCGAACUGGAGACCCCGGAGCACAUAUGACAGUGCACAACUCCCCCUCCCCCUCUAUUGUAUAGCAUGAACGGCAAUACAAGCAUCCGCAAUAAUGCCGGUUUUGCAUGACAAAUCUGCACUGGAGUUGUGUAGCGCGAUUUGGGCACUACCAGAAGUUGUCAUGCAUAAUAGUGACAAGGACAAAGCGUGGAUUUGGUAUUUUGCAUGAGAAAUGAGAACGAGGGGGGGUUGUGCACUCUCAUAGCACAUCCAGAUGCUCCGCGAUUUCCGGACCGAGCCGUGUGACUUGCCGCUGAGGCAGUGCUUGCAGAAACGGGGCAAGGGGUGUCUCAAGUACCACAACUCCCAGCACUUCCGCCGCCCGUUGCUGCAGGAGGAUGGGUAUCAAAUGCAAAAAUGUCUGGGUCUGGAAGAAUGCGCGAUUUGUCAUGGAGUUUUUCCAAGCUCCACCAAGUCUGGAAUGCAGGGCCUAGCAUCACAGGUUUUGCAGCCCCUUGGUGAUGCCCAUUAUGCAUGAGAAAUGCCAUCUCAGCAUGGCGAGAAAUGGGGACCUUUUGCAAGUCAUGCAACACAGAUUUUUGUAUGAUCCGCAACACGCAUCACAAGUUCGCAUCCUUCCAGACCCAGACACUUUUGCAUUUGAUAACGGGGAGACGCUGGCGUACUUCGACAUGCUGUGUCGAUUCG